AUGGUGGACAGUCAGUGUGGUAGUGGACCUAUGAAGAAAUACAUCAUGAGUGAUUUGCUUAAGAAAUUCGAUUUGGAAGCGACCAACGAUUUCGUCAAGCUGGCGAUUGCUGUCGCCGGCUUCUAUAUGGGCAUGUUUUGCUUGGAAUACGUAGACACAGAAUACAGUCUAUGGCUAACAUGGUUCCUGAUGCCAGUGAUCGUGACAUUCCUACUGCCAGCGCUUAUCUUCAUACUUAUCUACAUCAGCGCCAUCAUCUUCCAUCUCUACAGGCUCUAUCGACUGCGAGUUGUAAAUGGGGUGCAGGCAGACUGGCGGCAAGCAGCUCGACUGGCCGUCUGCGCUCUAUGGGACGCACAUGGGUGGCUAUGGCAUGGUUAUGAGAUCCGAGGUCUGGAGAACAUCCCAGAAGGUCCGUUUCUGAUAAUCUACUACCACGGCGCGCUCCCCAUCGACAUGUACUACUUCAUCGCAAGGAUGCUGCUAUUCAAAAGAAAACACAUACACACGGUCGCUGAUCGUUUCAUGUUUAAAAUACCAGGCUGGGCAACCCUACUCGAAGGCCUCUGCGUGAUACCGGGCACAGUUGCAACCUGCGCAGGAGUGCUUCGGGCAGGCAAUGCACUGGCGAUCUCGCCGGGUGGAGUGUAUGAGGCGCAAUUUGGCGACCAUACGUAUUCUUUGAACUGGAAGUCUAGGGUAGGAUUCGCCAGAGUUGCGCAGGAAGCUAAAGUGCCUAUAAUCCCGAUGUUCACGCAAAACGUGCGUGAGGCGUUCCGCACCGUGGGUUGGCUGCGCGGCGUGUGGUUGCGCGUGUACGCAGCCACUCGUAUCCCGCUAGCGCCCGUCUAUGGGGGCUUCCCAGUCAAGCUGAUCACGCAUCUCGGACCUGCCAUCCCGUACGACCCUAAUUUGUCGCCCGAGCAGUUGCAGCAAAAGGUGGCCAGCGCAAUAGAAGAUCUUAGAGACAAGCACCAAAGACUACCAGGCAGCAUUCUGCAUGCUCUUGUAGAGCGAGUUUACGAAAUGCCAAAACAAAAAAAGGCUGCACCCAUCGCCAACGGCAAGUGCCAUAACGGCAAAAUACCAGACGAGAACAAAAGUGACAAAAAAGUUAACAAUAUCGGUAACAAAGUGGACAAAGUCAAUAACAAAAUUGACAAUAGCGGUAACAAAGUUGAUAAUAUCGGUAAUAAAGUUGACAAUAUCGGUAACAACGUGGACGAUAUUGGUAAAAAAAGUGACAAUAUUACUAACAAAAAAGAAGUUCCUUAUGAUUGUGGUGAAAUAGGUAAUAAUAGGGGUGUUAGUGACAAAAUAAAAGUGUCAUAAUAUUAGUUUACAAGUAUAAAGCACUUUCUUAGAGUGAUAGGUAACAUCUAGAAAUUGUCAAGAAUUGUCUUGAUUUUGAUCGACUUCAAAGAAAAGGAGAUUCUUGUUACCAAGAAAAGCCACUUUUGUACUUUUUUAAUUAAAACAAGUAUGAAAUCGACUUUUUACAAUAUCAAGGUCAAAUUAUUCGACUUUAUUCCGUUGAUAUAAGGCAUGAACCACUUUUGCAAAAUCCCAUCGAGAUAAUAAAGACAAAUUUACAUAAUACAUAGAUAAACCGCAUCCAUGUUUCUUUAUAGAUACUUAUAAAUAAACGAAUAAGGCGAAAAAUACAUCGAAGUCGGUAACCGCAAACAUGAAUCGACAUAGGUAACAACAUUUUCAGUGUGACUGAUUGCUUUAUAGUGUGUGACUGGUCUUUAUUUUUAAGGUUAGCAAAAUGUCAUGGUUAAGGACAUAGCACACCACCAUAUGAAAUUGACCGCGUACUGUAAUACGCGCUCUAUUCGAUGUGUGGUGCGUAUUAGACAUAUAUUUAUAUUUAUUUACAACCCAGUAAAAAUAGUGCCGCAUUUACACAGCUGCCAUCGUAUUUUCAUAUUAUUACAACGUUUUCCCUCGAGGGAAGCUUUUGACAAAGAAAUGGAAUUAAAAUAAAGAUGUUAGUUACUUUGUUAUCAUAUCAGCAGUGUCUUUAAAAAGGCAAUAUGCAAGUUGCCUUAGACUUAUUAACGAGCCCAGCUGAUAAUUAGCUAUAUCGUCCUAAUUUACAUAACAAAAAUUUUACUCUCAUACACAUUUAAGAGCAUAUCCAAUAGCACGGCACUACAAAACUUUAGUAGUUUUUAGUAUGGAACACCAAUUUUUUCACAAUUUUACAGGUGUUUUAAAUUCGUGAAAAAGUAGCUUGGUAAAUGUGACCCACCAAACCCACUCUACUCGGACGUGACUCCAUGCAAUCUUUUGAUUUCAUAUAACUUAGAUGCUAUUAUGAAUUACCGUACGAAAGUACUUAUGAUGAAGUGUUAACAAACAAAUGCCUACUCAUUACAAAACACAUUUAUUUAAAACAAAAAACUGGUGGAGUAUUUAAAAAAAAUUGAUGUCAUGGUACUCAUCAAACAUCAUGAUAUUCAAUAAAUAACAAACUUUCAUUUACUUUGUUUUGUUUUGAUGAUUGUGAUUAUCGAGCAUUUACAUACCGUUGUUUUUAAAACAUUGAUAUAAAUCGCCUUUCUUUUAACUGCUGUACAUAGAUUAGCCAAAAAUUCCGUGCGGUUUUUGCCUAAACAAAAAUUUCAAUUUAACAGAAAAUUUUUCGUUUAUAAUGUUAUUGUUAUUGUCUGUGGUUUAUUUUUUAAAUAGCAUUAUAGGCUGUUGGCUCAGCCAAAGCCUCAAUAAAAUAAAAUAAAAAACAUUUUGGCGCAGUGUGAGAAUAGGCGGGAAAGUUUUAAGGUUAUAAUUCAAUGGUGAAUCGUAAAGCCUACAAAAACUACUGCAGUUAGUUGGGAUGUAUUACUUCAUCCACCUUAUCCGCCCGCCAUAGCCCCUUCAAAUUUUCACUUGUUUUGAUCUUUACCAAAUUCUUGGAAAUGGGCACGACUUGGUAACGAAGAGAUCAUCAAACGAGACUUAGAGCUGUAAUUUAUAAGUAAAGACAGGAAUGUUUUAUGAACGGAGAUUGCAAAAUUGCCCGAAAGAUGACAAAAGAUCAACAUGGCUAUUUUUUUUAUAUAAAGUGUUAUAAUAUUUUUUACUGAAAUGCUUUAUAUCCAGGUCAUGCAAUAAAUUAAGAAAAAAGAACAUGGUGGUGGUAGUAGUAAAAUUUUUCGUCUCUUGAGGACAGGCUCAAGCCUCUAAUUAGUCAUACUGCCAGAUUAGAUUGUAAUUUUUCUUCAAUAGUUUAAUUGUCUUAUCUUUUUUUUUUCGCGGGAAAUCGUUCAAAAAACAUCGUGAACAAUUACAUAGUAGUAAAAUGUUUCUUCCUUCGGGAUAGGCUAAGGCGUCAAAAUUUUUUUUUUGACACUGACACUUUGCAGUGGGCUGCUGAUGGCCUUGACGCUUAGGGCGCUACUGGAGACUUCCGCCAAAAGGGCAUGCUGUAGGAGAGAAUCUACUAGUAUACGUGCUGUAGAGGGGGCUGCACGACUUCGUCGGCAAGGACGGUUCGUACUGAUUAGUGAUCUGGUUGGCUUUUAAAGUGGCGAGAGUGAUGGGGUCGUCAGGGUCGUUGAGGGCUUCCUUUUUCCGACGGGUCCUAUCAACGCGGUGGGGAUGUUCCCUGAGGGGGACGUAAUUGGAAGCAGCCACCACGAGGGGAUCGAAGUGGUGAGGAACACAGUCGAAAUAUGCUUUCGAAGCCUGCUUCAUGAAUUGGGCUAUUGUGGGGAGCCGUAAAUUAAUGUGUCAUCUAUUCUUAAUAGCCUGUAGACGGUGGAUGAGGGCAAGGCGUCCAGACCAUACUGCCAGAUUUUAAAUGGCCAAAUACAUAAUUGAUUAGUUUCAUUUUUGCCAUUCAUACUUUGUACCACAGGGACUUUUUGGACAACGCAAUGCUUUGUUGUAACUAAGCAAAAUACACGAUACGUCUACAUAUGUACGUUUUACCUUUUUUAUAUAUGAAUUUAAUUAAUUUAUACAUCGACAUUGACAUGAGCUAAAGUUUGUAAUGUAAAGUCCUAUACCGAAUGUACGUUGCCCUGAAAUAAUUCCUAAUGCCAGUUACGGCACUUGUUAGGCGAGGGAUAUGUAAAUUUGGUAAUUAAUUAUUUAGGGUAGUAUAGAAUCAUUAUUUCCCUAAAUUUAUUAUGAAAUUAUUCUACAACUUAGUUGUUAAUUGUUUUUGAAAUACUCGCGAUAUGCUUUUAGUCUAAUUAUAUCCAUUUUAUAAGCUUAAUUUUAUUAUACAGGCUGUUAAGAAACGAACUGGAGACGAAGUUCUUAACAACUUGUAUUGUGAUAGAUUAGGAUAUACUAUUUUGCUAUGUAGAAUGUGUAAUGGUAAUUAUUUAAACAAAUCAUGUCUUCUUUUCAAUUUUUUUUUUACAAUUUAGCAUUUCGAUAACAUAAAAAUCUUUUGACAUUAACUAAGCAUUCCUUUUUACUGUAACUGCCUAAUUUGAUUAGUUUUAUUUAAAUGUAAUUUUUUGUGUCAAUUUUACACAGUUACCACCGUACUAUUUAGUAAACACAGAGGUGUAAAUUACAACACUAAACUAGAAAUUAAUUUGUCACUCGUUAUAGUUUACUAAUCAUGGUAUGACUUUUGCUUGUCCCGAUACAAAUUUUUAUUUAGAGGUCCUUGGGGAAAAGGUUCGUCCACGAGCACUACUGCGUUCCGGUUUCGAAGGGUUAUAGGGAAAUUACAUGCAUGUGGGACUAGUGUACUCUGUGCCACGGGGUGACGGGUGCAGUGGCAGUAUUUCUCAGAUCUUUAAAAUUUAGAGCUCUGAGUCCCUUUGAAAUUGUUAUGUGUCACUUACCAUCAGGCGCAUGACUGAUUCGUGACGUCACUGUGUAUCAUAAAAAAAACCAUUUAGAGAAAAAGCACGACAGCAAAGCCUAUACUAGGCCAGAAUUUCAAUGCCGGCCUAGCCGACAUGAAAUUAUUAUUUUUGCUUACUUUGAAAUAUAGUCGCACCUCUAUGCGUAUGCUUCUUGUAUAAUUUUAAAAGCAAAAACAAUAUUUUUUUAGAUCUGUAAAAUUAGGUUAAGCAUUGGUACUCACUAUAACCACACCAUUAUCAUUUCGUACGAAAUGUCAAAAUGUAACAAAUUAGAUCGAUUUAGGCUGUAAUCACACGGAUCGCAUUUCAACUGCAUUACAAUAGCAAUCAGAAUGCAGUUUGAAUAUGUAGUUAUGUCGACUACAUUCCAACUGUUGCUUAACAGCGAGAAUGCAGUUCGUGCGACUACAAUAUUUAAAACCUUGCCAUAAUGCGGAAUUUCAAAGAACAAUUUUUUUACACCUAGAACACGAACUUUGAUGUCGUAAGUUGACACAAGCGCCACCACUUGAGGGUUCUAUAAUCACUUGUCAUCAUUUAUAAAGUUAUUUGUCAGUGCGAUGAAUGUUAUAAAUUACGACACAAAAUUAGAUGGUAAAUAAUAACAAAUAAAAAGCUGUGUUAAAAAUUAAAUUAAUGUAUAAAAAUUAUUUAUUGUAGAAAACAAACAAUUCGUUUAAAAUAUAUUUUAUGUAAAUUAAUAAAUGUGACAUUAUAAUGUUUAUUUUUAAAGCAAAGUAAUGUAAAAGAGAAUAGACUUAACUGUGUUCAUAUAAGGUGGUAUGUAGUUGACUGUAACACUAUCGAAAUAUAUAUUUUUCAUAUUUUAUAAAACUAUAGGAAAAAAGUUAACAUUUGACACAAGAAAUUCAAUGACAUGUACAAAAUGUAAAAUGAUCGGUAAGGUUUUAUUAAACCUUGUUCAUCUGCGAUAGCAAGCAACACUUAUAAAUGUUACCAGUCUUCCACCUAACACCUUGUAUAUUGUGUGAGUUAGAUUUAAGGUUAUUUUGGUGUAAAGAGUCGAAUGUUAAAGAAAACUUGAGUAGUUAAAUAAAAAUACGAAUACAUAAUGCACUUGUGACAAUUAAGUUAUAUUUACCUAUUGGAAUAAUUAUUUUUAAUGCGUGCCGCUGCGUUUUUUCUCCAGAUAUUGGUUCAAUAUCAAGGCAAUGCUUUGUUUAAAAUGAUUUCGUGCGAGUGCCCCUUGAAAGUCUGAAUUUAUACUUGUCGUUGCUUUGAUAUGUUCAAAUGACCAAUAUUUCGUGAGACAAUCCGUAUGCCUUGUUUCAUUUUGUCUAAUUUUGAAUUGAUCAAUUUGUUACGCCGAUUAUAAACACUUGUAGACUUUGAGCUCACAAUAGGCUAACUUACGACUAUGGGUGUGGGUGACUAGGUUACUCAUGCUUAGCAGUUCCAUCUUUCUACAUUAGUUUUGAUUAUAGUGACCCUCUCUACCGACCCUUAGGGUAUACGAAAAGGGCACUAUAAUUCACUUCCCCUUGCGCAUUACACAACUAGCGGUUGCCACCACUAAGCCGUCUACUCUAAAGUACCAAAUCAUUUCAUUGGUGGCGGCGCUCUAAGGCACGCUCACUUCCCAACGCCGAAAAACGACGUCUCUCCAGUUCCCAAUAACCUAAGCGGCUGGAGGGACCGGAGGAUAUCUAACCUAUCCUGUCUAGAGAUGCCAGCAUGCCUAGCAGUCGGAUGUAGGUGAUUUAUUACUGUAAGGUAUCGAACUGAAUUUUUAAGUAGGUCUAGUAAAAUUUAAGACGUACGGCUUGGUCUGCCUGAAUUUAUUACGGAUGAUAAAGUGGAAAGAAGGACCUAACCAAUGUAGCUGAUACCAAGUCAUAAGUAAAUUUAUUGCAUCGAAAGCUCAAUUUAAAUUGUCAAUAUUUAUCUGGUCAAGUUUUCUAAGCUUGUUUAGAGCUAAGUUCUAUUGAGGUGCCACAGUUUUAUACCAAAUUAAAUUAUAAUUAUACUUACGACUGCGUCGUUUGUAACCUGUCUACUUAAUUUGCAAACGAAUACUUAAAAUAUAAGGAAAAUAUUCCCAAUAAAAAUCACUUUCUUUUUAUUUAUUUUUUCACAUAUAUAUUUUUCCAAGCAAUUGAGUCGGGGAAGUAAAUUGGAUGCACUCCGCACGAGUGCAUUACCACUGCAAUUUUGCAGUUGUUAAACGACCGGAAUGUUGCUCAUGUGACUACACCUUUAUCUGUGUUAUGAGUGUGUCGCUAGAGAUGCGAACUUAUAGCACUAGUGCUAUAUGAAGUGUUGCUAUAAAAUGCAAUUAUACUAAACUACGUAGUAAAAUAUAUUAGACAACAUUACAUACGUUGCUUUGAUCCCAAAGUAACUAAAGCACUUGUGUUAUGGAAAUCGGAAACAACGACGGUGCACACCCAAACGCGAGAUAAUAUAGAAAAAAUAGUUGUUCAUUGAAUCAUCGUCAUAGAAUCGAGCUCUGGACCUCAGAGAUAGCGACAUCAUGAAAACUGGAGUACUUGGCCACAGAGGUCAAAUUUAGUAGCAUAAUAGCUAGUGCAGUCAACGUUAAAGUGAUUUAAAUGAUUGUACGGUUUUGCACCGCACAAUAUUUUUUUUGUUAAUUUAGCAACCUACUUAUUCUCUAACUCGCUUCUCUAGCAAUCGACCACAGAUAAGCGUUCAAGUCUGUAUUGUACUAUUGUACAGGGUCAAGAGCACGUCAAGCUUGAUACUUAAAUCCAACUCUAUGCCGCUUACGAUAAGAAUGGUCCUAAGUACAAUGUGUAAAGCUUGAUGUGCCCCUGACUGUACUAUAAGGUGUUUUUAUACCAUUGUUUUUGUUACAGCCUUCUGCUUUUCCCUACUUUGUUAUUUAUUCCUUCUACAAUAAAUUCAUGUGGAUUGAGCGUUUCUACCACUAAUACGCGAGACCCGCGUGACAUUUAUUUUUAUAGUACAUUGCUUGUUAUUGUAAUUUCUAUCUUACGCCUCUAUUCAGUAAUCAUCAAUAUUUAUUAAAGACUCG